AUGCCGAUUUUGUCAUCGCCUCAACAUCAUAAUAAAAGACUCGAACAAAUCAUUACUGAUCACAAAAAUGAUACUGUAUUAGAUUUGAGAUCGAAAAAUUUCACCAAUAAGGAUGCAGAGAUUAUCGCAUACUAUGCAUUAGGAAAUAACAAAACAUGCAUCACUCUCUACCUUGACUAUAAUAAAAUCGGAGGUCAAGGUAUGAAACAUCUGAGUAAUGCAUUGUUGUUCAAUA